AUGGCUACAGAAAUCUGCAUCACAAUCACCGGUAUUCGCAAGCCAGGACUCAACGAGUCUGAUUUCCACAAAUACCUCACCAACUAUCAUGCUCCUCUUGCUUUGCCUUUUCUUCUCAAGUAUGGGAUCAAGGAGUAUAACCUGAUCGAUAACUUCACCUCUUGUCGUCCAUAUGCUGAGGAAAUGCAAAUGUCGAAGAAGAUUGCCGACUACGAUUACGUUGUGCAGUUCGUCAUGAGAGAUGUUAACGACUUCAAGCGGCUGUGGGAGGACGAGGAUUUUCGGGCAAGUGUCCAUCCUGAUCACAAAAACUUCGCGGAUGAGACGAAAUCAGGCAUAUCGAUUGGAUACAGAACACGCUUCAUUGCGCCGGAGAGACAUAGCUCGGGACGGCUGAAGAACUAG